AUGUAUACAAAACAACUUCUAACUAAAUCUGAUUAUCAAAAUUUCCUUUCAGAAUUUGAUACAUUUCUUUUUGAUUGUGAUGGUGUUUUAUGGAAAGGCACAAAACUAUUGCCAAACGUUCCAGAAACAUUAAAUUUUAUAAGAUCAAAAGGAAAAAACAUAGCAUUUGUUACAAAUAAUUCAUCAAAACCAAGAGAAGAAUAUCAAAAAAAAUUUAUAAACUUAGGAUUUAAAGUAGAAUUAAAUGAAAUAUUUAGUUCAUCAUAUUCUGCAGCGCUAUAUUUAAAAAAUAUUGUCAAAUUUCCUAAAGAAAAAAAAGUAUACAUUCUUGGAGAAGAAGGAGUUGAAAAAGAAUUAGAUAGACAAGGAAUAAAGUAUAUAGGGGGAACGGAUCCAGUGGAAAGAAAAGAUAUAAAAAUAGAGGAUUUUGAAAAUCUUAACUUAGAUCCAUCCGUAGGAGCAGUUUUAUGUGGUCUUGAUUUACAUAUAAAUUAUCUAAAAUAUUCUAAAGCCUUUAACUAUCUUCAAAACAAAAACACAUUAUUUCUUGUGACUAACUCUGAUUCUACAUAUCCUACAUCAGGAGGAUUGUUCCCAGGAGCAGGAUCAUGCUCAGCACCUCUCUCAUGUGCAUCAGGAAGGGAACCAAUUUUUCUGGGGAAACCGAAUUUAGAAAUGCUUCAAGCGAUAGAAUCUGAAUUUAAAUUUGAUAAAUCUAAAACAUGUUUUAUUGGAGAUAGAAUUGAUACAGAUAUAUUAUUUGCAAAAAAUUCAGGAAUAAAAAGCUGUUUAGUACUUACAGGAAUAAGCAAAGAAGAUGAUAUACUAAAAAACACGUUGGACAUUAUACCUGAUUAUUAUAUAAAAACACUUGGGGAUCUCCUUAAUGCUAAUGAGCUUUAG